AUGUACAGGAUGGUAAGAGUAGCCAACGAGGACACCGACUUUCAGCGCAUAGUGUGGCGCGAACAUGCUGGAAGUGAAAUCAAGGAUUACAAGUUGCUGACCGUCACUUUCGGAACUGCUUCAGCGCCCUACUUGGCAGUAAAGGCACUCAAUCAGGUAGCAUGUGACCACAGAGAGCAGUAUCCUAUAGCUGCGUCACGGGUCCACCAAGAGUUCUACAUGGACGAUUUAAUGACCGGGUGUCAGACAGAAGAAGAAGGUCUACAGCUGUAUCAUGAAAUGAAAGGCUUAUUGAAUGAGGGAGGGUUCGUGCUACAGAAAUGGGCUAGUAACAAGAAAGAAUUGUCAAAGGAGAUCAAUAGAAGAGAAAGAGAGAAUCUAGGAAACGAAGAAGAAAAGAGCAAUCUGGAAAUUAAGACAGAUAAUAUAACUAAAAUACUGGGACUUACCUGGAACCGGGACGACGAUGAAUUUCAGUAUUCGGUGAAACUGCCGCCGCUAUCGCCACCUGCAACAAAAAGAAAAAUAAUUUCUGAUGUUUCACGUUUGUUCGACCCAUUAGGAUGGUUAGCGCCAUGUGUCAUUGCAGCAAAAAUGUUUAUCCAGCGUCUAUGGCUAGCAGGAAUCGGAUGGGAUGAAGAACCACCAUCGGAUAUACUGCAGGAUUGGCUAACUUACCGUGAGCAGCUAGCUCACCUUGUAGACUUCAGGAUUCCAAGAUGGCUUCACACGCACGUGGAUGACACACUUCAUGAACUGCACGGCUUUUGCGACGCAUCCAACGCCGCUUACGCUGCUGUCGUUUAUCUUCGAGUAAUUGACUCAACUGGAAACAUACAUGUGGCUUUAGUGACAGCCAAAACAAGAGUAUCACCUGUCAAGCAGGUCAGCAUACCCAGAUUGGAACUUUGCGGAGCCGUACUUGUGGCUAAACUGCUGGCUGAAGUUGCAGAAGUAAUGAAAAUACCCAGAUCAAACAUAAGAGCGUGGACGGAUUCCACAGUGGUUCUUGCGUGGCUCAACAAGCACCCAAGCAGCUGGAAAACCUUUGUAGCUAACAGGGUAUCCGAGAUAUUAACCACUAUGGAUUCAGCGCAAUGGUCUCACGUAUGUACAAAGGAAAAUCCGGCAGAUUGUGCUUCACGUGGUAUGCAACCAGAAGAGUUAAAAGAACACGACCUGUGGAAGUUUGGACCUAAACUUCUGCACGAUAAGACCAUUCAUUACUCAAAGCCUAAAAACAAUGACACAAACCUUGAACAGUCGGCGAGAGUCCAUGUAGGAAUAGUAGAAGAAACGUUCUGGGACAAAUACUCAUCUCUUAACAGACUUAUACGUGUUGUUGCCUAUUGCCGACGUUUUAUAAGAAAGCGUGAUAAAGUACAGAACAAGCAGGUUCACGCACGAUAUCUGCAAAAGUGGGAGUUGGAUGAAGCAACCAUGACCUGCAUUAAAAUGUGUCAAAACGCAGAGUUCAAGAACGAAAUUGAGGAAAUCAACAAAAGCGGGUACAUUAGUUCAAAAACCUCUAAUAUUCGUUCUUUAACGCCGUUUCUUGAAAAAGGUAUUUUGCGAGUGGGCGGCCGAUUGGAGAACGCUCCAGAGUUAGAAAUAGCCAAGCAUCCUAUUAUCUUGCCGCAUGACUCGCAUCUGACUAAGUUGAUUGUGGCAGAUGCCCAUGAACGUACUCUUCAUGGCGACCAGCGAGCUAUGCUGAACUACUUAAAGUCAGCUUAUUGGAUAGUACGAGCGAAGGACUUAGUAAAACACCACAUUCACAAAUGUGUGCGCUGCAUUCGUCACAAAGCUAAGAUCCAAACUCAAUUGAUGGGAGCCUUACCUUCUGCUAGAGUUACACCAGGUAGAGCGUUUAUCCGCAGCGGAGUUGAUUAUGCUGGACCCAUCAAUUUAAGAACUUCAAAAGGCCGAGGACAUCACUCAUACAAGGGCUAUGUGUGCUUGUUCAUCUGUAUGGUAACCAAAGCCAUACACCUAGAGGUAGUGAGCGAACUUACCUCACGUGGAUUUCUUGAGGCUUUCAAGAGAUUCACCUCCAGACGUGGCCGUUGCUUAGAGAUUUACAGCGACAACGGCACCAAUUUCGUUGCUAAAGAAUUAAAGGACCUUUUUAACGCAGAGAAGUCAACUAUGGUCCAAGAAGUAGCGGAAAGUCUGGUGUUAAAUGGUACCACGUGGCACUUCAUCCCUCCUAAAAGCCCGAACUUCGGUGGAUUAUGGGAAGCAGGGAUUAAGUCCACCAAAUACCACAUCAAAAGGGUUAUUGGAGAGUCGACACUUACCUAUGAGGAAAUGGCGACUCUACUCAGCCAGAUCGAGGCCUGCCUAAAUUCACGGCCUAUCUCCGUUGUACCCAACGACCCUAAUGAGCUUAACCCUCUAACUCCGGGUCACUUUCUGAUAGGGGAGCCUCUAGUUACGAUUCCGGAAAUAAACUAUGAAUGCUCGAAUAUCAGCACUCUUAAGCGAUGGCAACUGACCCAGCGUAUGCUACAAAACUUUUGGCGUCGUUGGUCAAACGAAUAUUUGACCCAUUACUUACAGCGGUACAAGUGGGCACAUCAAGUUCCCGAACCUAACGUUGGGGACGUUGUUUUGGUCAAGGAGGAUGAUCUCCCUCCUUCUAAGUGGCUUUUCGGCAGAAUCAUGCAGAAGCACCCUGGUUCGGAUCAACUGACCAGAGUGGUAACCAUCAAAUGUAAAAAUACUUUGAUAAAGCGACCAACGUCAAAACUUUGUAUACUGCCGGUUGCUAACUAG